UGGCACUAAUACACAACACAGAGUCGCGGUCGUUUCAGCUUCAGUCUUUCUUUCUAGUUCUGUUGCUACUCGUUCGCGAAAUCAGUUGACUUUCUGCUGCAACACAAGCGGACUGAAAAUUUUUGUUUUAGUGUUGCAAAAAAUUUUUUAUAAAUUAUCUAAAAUAACAAAAAAAUGUGAAAAAUAUAUGUUAUGUGCGAUGUUCAAUACAAAGCGAAUGUAAACAAGACGACAGAAGCAGCAACAACAACAGCAACCGAGCAGCAACAUCAACAAAAAUAAAAGACAUUUUCAACAUGUGAAUGCGCUUUACAAGAAUAACAGCAAGAAGAAGAGGAAGAAGAAGAGCAACAACAAGAACUAACUGUAAACCAAAACGAAUAUGAACAGAAAUUGAAAGUGGACAAAAAUGCAAAAUAAUUCAAAAAUGUUGCGGCAAUAACAAAUCAACAACAACAAGAACUGCGACGACAGCAGCAAAUGCAACAAUUUCAAAUUUGCGCGCAUUUGUUGCUAGGGAAACAAGAGCUACAAAAUCAGCGGCAGUGUCUUCUUCUUCUUUUCGGAUGUCCAUUCAAUUGCACUGAGAACAGAGCAACAACAACAACAGGAACAACAAGAAAUUUACAAAAAUUCCUAGCCAAGGCCGAUUUAACAAAAUUCGGCCAAUUUGGUGGAUUUUGUAGAUUUUAAACACAAAAUGCACUCGUCCGCAUGCUGCUGUAAGACAAACAACAACAAUCACUACAACAACAAAAACAACAACAAGAACAGCAGCAGCAGCAACAACAUUAACGAACAGCAGGAAGAAGAAGAGCAGCAGCAGCAGCAGAAAUAUCCAAGGCGGGAACUGGAAGUGGAACUGUUGGAAAGUGCAUGGGACGCCAGCAGAAGUGGAAGCAGCCACAGCAACAGGAACAGCAACAACAACAACGAUCUCAACGGCGAACCAACGGAGGAGGAGGAAUCAGCGAGGACGUGCUCAGCUGGAGCGCUCGCGGACGUCGCGGUGACGAUAACGCUGACGACGCUGACGUCGUCGACUUCGUCGCAGCGGCAGACGGCAGCAGCAGCAGCAAAAGCAACAAAAGCAAAAGGAGUAACAAUAACAAAGGAGUUACGUUUGUCAACAACUCCCGCAACAACAAAAACAACAUUAGUAGAACAAUUUAACAAGCCAGUGUGGAUCAAGAACAUUUGAAGCUGCAGCACUUAAGGAUAACGUAUAUAUAGAGCGAUUUUAUAUAUAUAUGCAUAUGAGUAUGUAUAUGUAUAUAUAAGUGUAUGUAUUAUAUAUAUAUGUAUAUGUACAACAUAUGUGUGUGUAUAUAUAUGUAUAUGUAUGUAUAUAUAUAUAUCCCCAUAUAUAUGUAUGUAUGUAUGCAUGGACAUAUGUACAAAGGAGCUACGAUAUCCGUGCGAAAACUGUCAAUCAAGAAACAUAUUUAUUGUUCAUACUCCUCGUCAAACUCAACUCACAACUCAAGAAUUUGUCGUCGUCGAUCCGAGUUUUGUUUUCUGUCACAUUUUUUUUACGGUCUUGCAAAAAACAAAUCAACAAACAAAAAGAAAACAAGCAAUCGCUAUCAUCGCAGGCAACAACAACAGCAACCACUCCAACAACAACAAGAACAGAAAAACUUUAUAUAUAUUCUCUAAGACGCGUUUUGCUGCCAAGGCAAGCAACAAAAUCUAUAUAUGAUGGCCGAUCACUUGGACGAACCACCUCAGAAGCGGGUCAAAAUGGAUACAACGGAUCUAUUCUUUUUGGAAGAAAAUCUACCCGAUGAGCUGGUUUCCUCCAACAGCGGCUGGCCAGAUCAGCUAAACACCGGCGGUGGCGGAGUUGGCGGCGUUGUCACAACGACAGCAGCCAACGCCGGCGGCGCUGGCGGACCAAAUAAAACACCUGCCCAGGGACCCGGCCCGGGACCGGGUGGCCCAGGAGGUGGUGGCGUUGUGGUGCCACCGCAAAUGAAUGGUGCCGGCAGCGGCAAUGGCGGUGGUGAUGACGGCAGUGGCGGCAACGGCGGUGGCGGUGGCCCAGCUGGCAAUCAACUGCGUCAAAUGCAACACCAUCAGCACUUGCAGCAUCUGCUGCAGCAGCAGCAACAACAGCAACAACAGCAGCAGGGCAACAAGGGAGCCGGCGGCGGUGGCGGUGGCAUGGUUGUGCCCAGCAUGAAUCAAUUGGGCAGCAAAUCGCCCAAUCUGCAAUCGCCGAACACGGCCGGCAUUCAGGUGCCAACACAAAUGGGCAUGGUCAACUCGAUGCCAAUGUCCAUCUCGAAUAAUGGUAACAAUGGCAUGAAUGCCAUACCGGGCAUGAACACCAUCUCACAAGGUAAUCUUGGCAACAUGGUGCUCACGAACAGCGGCGGCAUGGGCGGCUUGAGUGGUGCCGGUGGCAUGGUCAACACAUUGAAGCAACCAAACGCGGCAUCCAUGAUGAACGCCGUGCCCGGUGCGGUGGGUGUGGGUGUCGGUGUCGGUUCCGUCACCGGUUCAGUGCCUAAUCAACAGGGAAUGCAUAUGCAGAACGGUCCGAUGAUGGGUCGCAUGGUCGGACAACAGCAUAUGCUGCGUGGUCCCCAUUUAAUGGGCGCCGGUGCCGGUGGCAACGGUCCAGGCGGCAACGGACCCGGCGGUGUUGUUGGCGCCAGCGGUGGUCCCCGCAUGCAAAGUCCAAAUAUGCAGCUAGGCCAACUAAAUAACAUGCCUUUCGGAGUUGGCAACUACGGAGCGCCCGGCGGCAACAAUGCACAACAGCAGCAACAGCUGUUGACCCAGCAGAUGGCCCAACGUGGCGGAGGCGGCGCCGUUGUGGCGCCCAACAUGAGUGCGAGCAUGCCACCGCAGGGCAAUCGACCCAUUGGCACCGUGGUGCCCAUGUCCAGCAUGGGUGCCGAUGGAACGCCAACUGGAGCACCUGGUGGCCUGCAACAGCAACAGUUGGCGGCAGCGAAUGCACAAAUGAAUCCCCAACAGCAACAGCCCGGUGGAUUAGGACCACGUGCACCGCAGCCUCAGCUCUUGGGUCAUCCCCAGCAACAGCAACAGCAACAACAACAGCAGCAACAACAACAGCAGCAGCAACAAGGCCAGCAACAGCCGGGCACAUCUCAGCAACAGGGCGUUCCACCGGGAGGAGUACCAAACGCAUUGGGCGGUGGAGGCGGCGGGGGUGCUGCCUCGGCGCCAAGCAUGUCCGAUGAGCGCAAGAAGCAGAUACAGCAGCAGCUGAUGUUGCUGCUGCACGCCCACAAGUGCAACCGACGCGAGAACCUCAAUCCGAAUCGCGAGGUCUGCAGCGUCAACUAUUGCAAGGCAAUGAAAGCUGUCCUCGCUCACAUGGCCACAUGCAAACAGAGCAAGGACUGCAGCAUGCAACACUGCACCUCAUCGCGUCAAAUACUGUUGCAUUAUAAAUCGUGCACACGCACCGAUUGCAUCAUCUGUCUACCGUUCCGCCAGAAUCAUUCGCUGUUCCAGAAUGCGAGUGGUGGCACCCCAACCGGAGCGGCUGGCUCGACGCCGCUCCAGCAGCAGCAGCAGCAACAGCAGCAGCAGCAGCAACAACAAGGACAACAGCAGCAACAGGUGCAGCAAAAUCCGUCCGGUGUUGGCGGCGUUGGUGUCGUCGAUGGCAAACCUGUGCCACAGAACGCUGGCGGUGCACAGAACACAGCAAUUGUGUUGCCACAGCAACAGCAACAACAACAGCAGCAACAGUCCGCUGCUGGUGGUGCAGGAAAUGUGGCCAAGAGCAAUGCGGAUAUGGCACAGCAAUUGGGUCAACAGCAGCAGCAGCAACAUCAGCAGCAGCAGCAACAACAGCUGCAGCAACAGGAACUGCGUCGCUUUGAGGGCGUUGGUCCCACGGUGCCGGCUGGAAUGCUUGGAGUGCCAGCUGGCAUCCGAAUGCCAGGCGGCGGACCAGCGGUGCGUGUGUUUGGCGGCGGCGGACCCGGCGGACCAAUGCCAGCCGGACAGCAGAAUGUGUUGCCGGUGGCGAACGAAGUGAACAGUCUGCAACAGCAACAGCAGCAGCAACAGGCCACUCAACAGGCUGGACAACAGAUGAUGCUGCAGGGAUGCAACACAGUUGCGCCCGGUGGACGCAGACGCGCCAUUCCCAACAUGGUUGAACAGCAAGCGAAUGCGCAACAGCAACAACAACAGCAGCAACAGCAACAACAAUUGGGUAACAUUCCAGCGCCACUGUCGGUCAAUGUUGGUGGCUUCAAUUCCAAUGCCAAUUUCGUUGGCGGCGGCAACAAUGACAAACAACAACAGCAGCAACAGCAACAACAACAACUGGUUGGUCAAGCCGAUCAGCUGGCUAAGAUUAAGUUGCUGCAGGCGCAAGCGCAAGCAGCCGCAGCCCAUGGCAAUGCCGUCUCAGGUGGUGGAGCACCACCCGGUGGCGGCGGCGGCGGUGGUGGAGCGGGUGGCAACAAUGCCGGCGGCCCAGCUGGCAGUGUGCUGAUGCCGGCCGAUACAACGGGUGCCACGUCCGUCUCGAGUGUGACGGGCGGCGGCGGCAGCGCUGGAAGCGGAGGCGGUGGCGGAGGAGGGAGCACAGCUGGUGGAGCGGGAGCGGGUGGUCCGGCUGGGGACAAUGAGAAAGACUGGCGAGAAUCGGUGACGGCAGAUCUGCGCAAUCAUUUGGUCCACAAACUGGUGCAGGCCAUCUUCCCCACCUCGGAUCCGACAACGAUGCAGGACAAGCGGAUGCACAAUCUCGUCUCGUACGCCGAGAAGGUCGAGAAGGAUAUGUACGAGAUGGCCAAGUCACGAUCCGAGUACUAUCACCUGUUGGCCGAGAAGAUCUAUAAAAUCCAAAAGGAGCUCGAGGAGAAACGUCUCAAGCGCAAGGAGCAGCAUCAACAGCAGAUGUUGCAGAUGCAACAGGGCGGCGGUGGAGGGGGAGGCAGUGGACCCAACGGACCCAGUGGCAAUGUGAAUGUUGUCAAUGCCACCUCACUGCCCAACAAUCCACUCCAGCAGCAGCAGGCACUUCAAGGCAGCGGCGUUCGUCCCAUUAUCAGCCCGAUUGGACCAACUGGCAUGCUACAGCAACAGCAGCAGCAGCAACAACAACAACAGCAGCAACAGUUGCGUCCACAGGCACCGGGCAUGGGCAACUGUUCGAAUCAGCAAUCCAAUAUGGUUGCUGUGACCGCAAGCAUGCGCAGCCAUUCGCCCGGCGGCAACAUGCUGGCGAUACAGCAGCAACAGCAGCAACGCAUGCAGUUCCCGCAACAGCAGCAACAGCAGCCACAGCCUGGCCAACAGAGCGGCAUGCUCGUUGGCCCGCCCGGACCCAGUCCCGGUGGCAACAUGGUUGCUAAUCCGGUGUUGUCGCCAUUCAAUGCGCAGCAGAACAUGCAAACGGCGGCCGGCGGUGUGCUGACAAGUCCGGUGCCCAGUCAGCAGCAACAGUUCAUCAAUGCGAACGGGGGCAGCGGAGCGCAGAGUCAGCAGCAACUGAGCGAGAUAAUGAAGCAACGAUUGCUGCAUCAACAGCAACAGAAUGCGGCAGCAGCAAUGUUGAUGCCUCAGUCGCCCUUCAACAGCAAUGCAUCGUCAGUUCCCAAUCAACAGCAACAGCAGCAGCAGCAGCAACAACAAACGAAUGCGUUUAGCUCACCAAUGCAACAGAAGACACAGCAACAAUCGGCCGUGAAUGUGCUCAACAAUAUGCCGCCGACACCAACCAGUUUGGAUGCAUUGAAUGCUGGCGGCGGUGCAGCUGGAGGAGGAGGUGCUGUCAGCGGUGGCGGAGGCGUUGUUGCAGCGCCAAGUCCAUCGCCCAGUUUCAUGUCGAAUGGACCAAUCGGCACGCCUUCGAACAACAAUCCGCCAUCGGUUAGCAGCAGCCUGAUGCAUCCGCUGAGCAAUCGCGCCACGACACCGCCUUACAUUGCCGGCUCUCCAGUGCCGCCAGCUGUGGCUAGCAGCAGCAGCACACCGACAGCGUCUGGUGCAGCACAGUCAGGUGCUGGAGCAGCGGCGACGGCGGCGGCGGCAACAUCGGCUAGCAACAGCAACAGUAGUAGCAGCAGCAGCAGUACGACUAGCAGCAGCAGCAACAGCAGCAGCACGGCAGCGGCGGCAAUCACAACAAUGACCACAACGGCAGUGACAACGCCGCUCAGCUGUGCCUCAUCUUCGGUAGCAACACCCACAUCCACAUCGAUUGCAUCCAGUGGCAAUGGCAGCGGCGGCGGCAAUGGCAAUGGCAACGGCAACAGCAACUCAACGCCAUCCGCCAGCAGCACGUUGUUGUUGAUGGCACGCAGCAGUGGCAGCGGCAGCGGUAGCAACAACAGCAACAGCGAGAACAGCAGCAGCAGCAGCACGACAACAACAACUACGGCAACGACAGCAGCCACAGCAGCAGCAGCAGCACCUCCGCCCAGUCGCAUGAUGAUGAGCACCUCAAGCAGUUUGUCAUCACAGAUGGCGGCACUGGAGGCCGCAGCGCGUGACAAUGACAACGAUACGCCAUCGCCAUCGCCCGGUGCGGGCAAUGAUAAUACGAAUGGCAGCAAUGGCGGCGGUGGGAUGUCGUCGAAGGGUAAACUGGACUCGAUCAAGCAGGAGGAUGAGAUCAAGAAGGAGUUCAUGGACGACAGUUGUGGCGGCAACGGCGAUAGCUCGCAAAUGGAUUGCUCCACCGGUGGCAAGGGCAAGAAUGUGAAUAACGAUGGCACCAACAUGCUUAAGAUGGACAUCAAGUCCGAGGACGGCGAGGAUGGUGAUGUCAAGAUCAAGACCGAACCGAUGGAUGUCGAUGAAUCGGGCGCCGGACGUGGCGGCAGCGGUGUCGCCCAUGGGCCCGAUGGUGCUCCAAUUGUCGAUGGCAGUGGCAAGGAUGAUAUGAAUGGUGCCAUCUAUGUGAAUGCUGCGGGCAGUGCGACGGACAUCAAGAUCAAAUCGGAGACGAAGCCACUUGUGCCCGAGCCACUUGCGCCCAAUGCCGGUGACAAGAAGAAGAAAUGCCAAUUCAAUCCAGAGGAGUUGCGCUCAGCGCUGUUGCCAACGCUGGACAAACUGUAUCGCCAGGAGCCGGAGUCAGGGCCAUUUCGUUACCCAGUCGAUCCACAAGCGUUGGGCAUACCCGAUUACGUUGAUAUUGUGAAGAAGCCCAUGGAUCUGGGCACCAUACGAAACAACAUACUCACUGGCAAGUACAGUGAUCCCUGGGAAUACGUCGACGAUGUGUGGCUAAUGUUCGACAAUGCCUGGCUAUACAAUCGCAAAACAUCGCGAGUCUAUCGCUACUGCACCAAGCUAUCGGAGGUGUUUGAGGCUGAGAUCGAUCCCGUUAUGCAGGCGCUGGGAUACUGCUGUGGACGCAAGUACACAUUCAAUCCCCAAGUGUUGUGCUGCUACGGCAAACAACUGUGCACGAUUCCACGCGACGCCAAGUAUUACAGCUAUCAAAAUAGUCUAAAGGAAUACGGUGUUGCAUCAAAUAGAUACACGUUCUGCCAGAAGUGCUUUAAUGACAUACAGGGAGACACUGUGACCCUGGGCGAUGAUCCGCUGCAGUCUCAAACGCAAAUCAAGAAGGACCAAUUCAAGGAGAUGAAGAACGAUCAUCUGGAGCUGGAGCCAUUUGUCGAUUGCCAGGAGUGCGGACGCAAACAGCAUCAGAUCUGUGUGCUCUGGCUGGAUUCGAUUUGGCCCGGCGGAUUUGUGUGUGAUAAUUGCCUCAAGAAGAAGAACUCCAAGCGAAAGGAGAACAAAUUCAAUGCCAAGCGUUUGCCGACCACCAAACUAGGCGUCUACAUCGAGACGCGUGUCAACAAUUUCCUCAAGAAAAAGGAAGCCGGCGCCGGGGAAGUGCACAUUCGUGUCGUCUCAUCGUCGGACAAAUGCGUCGAGGUGAAGCCGGGCAUGCGACGUCGCUUCGUUGAGGGCGGCGAAAUGAUGCAAGAGUUUCCGUAUCGGGCUAAAGCUUUAUUCGCCUUCGAGGAGGUCGAUGGCGUCGAUGUCUGCUUCUUUGGCAUGCACGUGCAGGAAUACGGAUCGGAGUGUCCGGCGCCGAAUACGCGACGUGUCUACAUUGCCUAUCUCGAUUCGGUGCACUUCUUUCGACCCCGACAAUAUCGUACCGCUGUCUAUCAUGAGAUAUUGCUCGGCUACAUGGACUAUGUGAAGCAGCUGGGCUAUACGAUGGCCCACAUUUGGGCGUGUCCGCCGUCUGAGGGCGACGAUUACAUAUUUCACUGCCAUCCGACUGAUCAGAAAAUACCAAAGCCGAAGCGCUUACAGGAAUGGUACAAGAAGAUGCUCGACAAGGGCAUGAUUGAGCGUAUCAUUCAGGACUACAAGGACAUACUGAAGCAGGCCAUGGAGGAUAAGCUUGGCUCCGCAGCCGAAUUGCCUUAUUUCGAGGGCGAUUUUUGGCCCAAUGUGCUCGAGGAGAGCAUCAAAGAACUCGACCAAGAGGAGGAGGAGAAACGCAAACAAGCUGAAGCCGCCGAAGCAGCUGCUGCUGCCAAUCUCUUUUCCAUUGAGGAUAACGAGGUGAGUGGCGAUGGUAAGAAGAAGGGGCAGAAAAAGGCGAAGAAGUCAAACAAAUCGAAGGCAGCUCAGCGUAAGAAUAGCAAAAAAUCCAAUGAGCAUCAAUCGGGCAAUGAUUUGUCUGCCAAGAUCUAUGCAACGAUGGAGAAGCACAAGGAAGUGUUCUUUGUCAUACGCUUGCACUCGGCACAGUCGGCUGCAAGUCUUGCGCCUAUACAAGAUCCCGAUCCGCUGUUAACCUGUGAUCUGAUGGAUGGUCGUGAUGCGUUCCUCACACUGGCGCGCGACAAGCACUACGAGUUCUCAUCGCUGCGACGUGCCCAAUUCUCCACGCUGUCCAUGUUGUACGAGCUGCACAAUCAAGGCCAAGACAAGUUUGUGUACACGUGCAACAACUGCAAGACGGCUGUCGAAACGCGUUAUCACUGCACAGUCUGUGAUGAUUUCGAUUUGUGCACCGUGUGCAAGGAGAAGGUUGGCCAUCCGCACAAGAUGGAGAAACUUGGCUUCGAUCUGGAUGAUGGCUCAGCACCGGCCGAUCUCAAGCAAGCCAAUCCACAGGAGGCUAGAAAACAAUCCAUCCAGCGUUGCAUUCAAUCAUUGGUCCAUGCGUGCCAGUGUCGCGAUGCCAACUGCCGUCUGCCUUCGUGCCAGAAGAUGAAGCGCGUCGUCCAGCACACGAAGAACUGCAAGCGAAAGACAAAUGGCGGUUGCCCCAUCUGCAAGCAACUCAUCGCUCUCUGCUGCUAUCAUGCCAAGCAUUGCCAGGAGCAAAAGUGUCCAGUACCCUUCUGUCCGAAUAUCAAGCACAAGCUGAAGCAGCAGCAACUCCAACAAAAAUUACAACAGCAACAAUUGCUGCGCAGACGCGUGGCCCUCAUGUCCAGAACUGCUGCGCCAGCGGCACUGCCUGGGCCAGCUGUGAGCGGGCCCGUGGUAACAGCCGGUGGCGUCGGAGUCGGCGGCGUCGGGGUCGGAGUCGGAGUGCCAGUGGUUGGGAUGUCGGGAGCCGGUGGCCCGGUGGUUACCCAACAGGUGAUACCUGGCCAGGCGGCCAUAAUGCCAGCGAGUGCCGGCGAUAUGAGUCCAUCGACAGUACCGGUGCCGUCACCGGUCUCGGCUGCGGGUGGGAUGGGCGGCAUGGCAUCGCCGCAUCCACCGCAUCAGCCGGGCAUUGGGAUGAAGCCGGGCAGCGGUCACUCGCCGUCGCCGAAUGUGCUGCAGGUGGUCAAACAGGUGCAGGAGGAGGCGGCACGGCAGCAGGUGCCGCACAGCUUUGGCAAAGGCGUCCCAAUGGCGCCGCCAGUGAUGCAACGAUCGAUGGGCGUCGGUGUCGGUGUCGGAGUCGGCGGCGUCGGUGUCGGGCCCAACCAGGGCCCGAUGGGCGGCAUGGUCGGCAAUGUGGGCGUCAAUCAGCUGGCCGGCAAUGUCGGCGUGGGCGGACCAGGAGCUGGUGGCCCACUCUCCGGUGGGGCCAACUGCAACAAUGUGCUCAACGCCAACAAUCUGCUGCCCAUGGAGCAGUGGGGCGGCGGCGUUAAUGUUGGCGGUGCCGGACAGCAGCGGUAUGCGAACAAUGCGCCCAACCAGCAGCCGGGCGGCAUGCGACAGUCGAACCAACAACUGAUGCAACAGAACCUUCAGCAACAGCAGCAGCAACAACAACAACAACAGAUGAUGGGCAUGCCGCCCAAUCAGAUGGGUGUUGGCGUUGGCCUCGGUGUCGGCGUUGGCGUCGGCGGCGUUGGUGCCGGUCAAAUGCCUGUUCUGGGCGCUGGCGUUGGCAUGGGCGGCGGCGGCGGUGGCGGUGGUGCACCGCAUGGCAUCGGCAUGGGUGCGCCCAUGGGCGCGGCAGCUGGCGGCGGUGGCGGUGUUCGACCGCCGGGCGCUCAAGGUGGUCCGGUCGGUGCCGGUGGCUCGGGUGGCGGACCGAAUAUGGUGAAUGGACCGCCGCUGAACACACAGACGCUGGCCCAGAUCAUGCAGAAGAUCAAGAACAAUCCGACCAACGAGAGCAACCAGCACAUACUCAGCAUUCUCAAGCAGAAUCCACAGAUAAUGGCGGCCAUCAUUAAGCAGCGGCAGCAAAGUCAAAUCAAUGCUGCUGCAGGCGGAGCUGGCGGCGGAUCGAUUCAGUCCGGCAAUGGACCCCAGACGGCGCAACAGCAGCAGCAGCAACAACAGCAGCAACAACAACAACAGCAGCAACAACAACAGCAGCAGCAAGUUAUGCAACAGCAGCAAAUGCAGCACAUGAUGAACCAACAGCAGCAACAGGGUCCUGGUCCUGGAGGUCCCGUCGGUCCCGGACAGCAAAUGGGACCCGGCCAACAGCAACAGCAGCAGCAGGUGAACCUGAUGCAAGCGACACAACAGCAACAGCAGGGGCCACCGCAUCAACGCAUGGCGAACAUGCAGAAUGCAGCGAUGAUGAUUCCAAAUCUGCCGCCCGGUGUAACAACGCAAGGCAACAUGGGUGCUAACCAAAACUGGAACAAGAUGCGCUACAUGCCAUUGAAUCAAUACCCACCACCAUAUCCUCAACGCCAACGCGGUCCACACAUCGGUGGCGCUGGCCAACAACAAUUUCCGGGCGGCGGGGCAGCUGGCAACUUUAAUCCGGGCAAUGCCGGACCUGUUGCUGGUGUCCCAGUGUCUGGGGCCAAUGUUGGUGGCAGCGGGGGUGGCGGCGUUGCGGGUCCCGGCUCUGAGCAAUACUCGUUAGCGAAUGCGACGGUGCCGAAUAUGCUGCAGCAGCAGCAACAGGGCGGCGGCGGCGGGGGCGUCAAGCAGGGAUCCCAGCAACAGAUGGGCGUGAUGCAGCCGGGCAUGCAACAGCAACAACAACAACAGCAGCCACUGCAACAGCAGCAGCAACAAAUCAUGCAGGUUGUGGCAGGCGGCGGUGGCGGCAUGCCGAAUACGACACCAGGAGGCGGCGGUGGCAUUGGCGGUGGCAACACCGCAUCGGUGAUGGGUCCACCGACGCCGCAUACGCUGCAACAGCAAUUGAUGCAAUCGCAGCAGGCGCGCUCAUCGCCACCGAUCCGAUCACCGCAACCGACGCCAUCGCCACGAUCGGCGCCAUCGCCUCGCGGUCCCUCGGCAUCGCCACGUGCCCAGCCGUCGCCUCACCAUGUGAUGAGCAGCCAAUCGCCGGCGCCGCAAGCGCCACACGAUCCGAUGCACGGUCAUGGGAUGCACCAUCAGUCACCGCUGCCGGGUGUGCCCCAGGAUGUGGGCGUUGGCGGUGUCGGUGUGGGAGUCGGUGUCGGAGUUGGAGUUGGCGUCGGUGUUGGCGUUAAUGCUGUUGGCAAUGUUGUCGGCAAUGCUGGCGGCGUCCUGCCCGAUGCCUCAGAUCAGCUGACCAAGUUUGUGGAGCGGCUUUAGUGCAACAACAACAUUGCCGGCGCCGGCAAUGACAACAACAACAAACAAAGCAGCAGCAGCAGUAGCAACGUUCACUUUCGUUGCAAUGGCCAGCCAACAACGGAGCAACAACAACAGCAACAUCAACAGCAGCAACCAUCGUCGUCGUCAUCAUCAUCAGCGUCAGCGUCGAAAUCGCCGCAUUACUUUUGAUUCACGGCGCAUUUUCGCAUUGAAUGUUGCUUCUUCGAUUUAGACAGAGAACGAAGUCAACAAGAAUAUUGUGUGUUACAACUUUAUAAAUAAUUUUCUUAUGUAUAGAAUUAUGCUUAGGUUCGGCUAUCAACUAACUAUUAUACUACUACACAUACAUACAUACAUACUAUAUCGCUUUAGUUCAUUUCAAUUUCAACUUUUGUGUAGUUUAUUUUAUUGU